ACGCUUCGACCGUAUACUCUCUCUCUCCUGGCGCGAACCACGCAGUAUAUACCAUGAAGACUGACUCCGUUGUCCUCGUGUUCCUCGUGGGCCUGGCCUUUGUUCAAUGCAAAGAAGUCAAGUACGAAGACUGCGGAUCCACAGCCAAAAUCCUGUCGGUAGAAAUAGAGCCAUGUGACUCUGAACCUUGCGUCUUCAAGCGUGGAAAUAAAACCAGCAUCCGGUUUUCAUUGGUUUCAGACCAAGACAGUGAGACAGCUACGCUGGACGCCAGGAUGAAAGUGUUCGGCAUGAUGUUGCCAAUCCCCGGUGUGGAGAAAGACCUGUGCAAGAGCGCCAUUCAGUGUCCCAUCGUGAAGGGCAACACGUACCACGGAUCAAUGGACGUGUUCGUGCCGCGGUUGAUACCCCGUGUUACAACUGACGUGCAGAUCAAGAUUAUUGGUGAAAAAGGAUCGAGCGUCUGCAUCAGAAGCAAAAUCACCAUCGGAUAAAACCGCCCACGCACAUAUUUCGCUCGACAUCAUCAUAUCGGGGCCCGUUGUCACCGCAAACUGUGAUGCCUGUUCGAAGCGUCGUUCCUGGCGCGCUGACAACGCACUUGUUUUUUUCUCGUUAACAAGGGUUAUAUAUUUCGGGCCGGAAUAAAAGUCCCACAAAGCGAC